AUGGUGGCAGCUGGCGAGUGGUCUCUCGUCACGCGAUACUCUAAGAGUGUUGUUGAAGGAGCUUGGCCCAGCUGCAGAAAGUGACCAUCUUGAACACUUUGAUGGACUUGGUACGGAUCCAGUCAUUCCCCCAUACCUCCGAUAUGAGGGCAAGGUGCGGAACCUGCGCCUGUCACGACGAGAGAUCAGCGUCAUCAUCAACGACAUCUGGAUUGGAAAAAUAGACUGCCAGGAUAUGCCCAUGCAGGACUAUGUUACUAAGUACUUUGAGGACAGGUAUCAGCAGGCAUCGGUGCGCGCGGAGUGGGCGUACAACGUGUGCGCAGGUGCGGAGCAGAUGCUAGACGAGCCGCAGGUGAAACUGUUCUGGGGCGUGCUGCACGGUCACCUCAGCGAGCGCAUCUACUGGGGCCACCGCGCGCACUGGCUCGCACUCAAACACAACCUAUACAAGCGCUCCAAGGACCAGGAGACCAUUUCCAUUGAAGAAUUCGAGAAAAUUGCAAAGUCAACGUUCCCGUUAAAGAGUGAAGUGGACAUCAAGAAUCUAAUGGACGUGGUGCGCAAGCAACUCAAGCUGAAGAUCAACAGCAACGACAUCAAUUUGGACAAACUGUUUCAAGAGAAUGAAGAAGGAUUCGACCGCGUGGAGUUCGCGCGCGAGUUGUUCCGGCAGCGGCAGGUCGCGCAGGACAAGUACAUCCGCGAGGUGGUGGCCGAGCUCGGGGGCAAGCACGCCACAAACGCCGUCACCGUAGACAACCUCAAGCGCGCGUUUGCCAUCGUCGACCCUGCCAUAGAUCACAUCAGGAUGGAGCGUUAUAUCCGUUGGGCGUUUUCGGAUCCAACGAGUGAUAUGAACAGCAUUCCUCCGAUUCCUUUGAGAACAUUGACUACUAGAUUAGCCGCUGGAGACAUAGAACGCAUUGGACCAAGAUCAUUGAAACUUGCAGUUAGUCUGUCUGAUAAUAGCAUAGAGGUUUACCAACUGAACAACACAUCUCUCACCAAAAUAUGUAAACUAAGUGGGCAUGAUAAGUCACUCACAGAAGUGGUUUGUGAUCCGAAGGAGGAUCAUCUACUAUAUUCGGCUGCACAGGAUGGACUAGUGAAACUCUGGGAUACCCGGACCAGCGGCUCUUGUGUACAAGAGUACAAAGACGAAGAGGAAGAGCUAGUGAGACCAUAUGAAUGCAUGGACAUUUCCUGUAAUGGAAGAGUGUUGUGUGCUGGCAGCCAGCUGGUGGAGGAUGAUGCAUACUUAGUGUUUUGGGAUAAUCGAGUCACCAAGCCACUGGGUGGAUACUGGAAUUCCCACACUGAUGACAUUACACAGGUAAAAUUCCACAAGUCACAAACUGAAAUACUAGCCACAGGGUCAUUGGAUGGUCUAAUAAAUAUAUUCAAUGUGAUGGAACUGAGUGAAGAUGAUGCCCUAACAUACUCUCUGAAUGUAGAGAACUCUGUAGAGAAGUUGAGCUGGCUAGAUGAGAAGCAGGUGGCUUGUAUCACUCAGUCUAAUGACCUGCAGUUCUGGGACACUGAAAGUGGGGACUUGCUGCGAACCUUCACUAGAGAUAAAAUAUCUAGGAGUAUAAAGAGAAGUAAAGCAGAUGACUGUUAUUUGGUAGACACAUACAGUUCAAUAGACGACACUACAGUGGUACUAGCAGGCUCUUACGGGGGGAACGGACACGUGCUGCGCUCGGCGGCGGCGGCGGCGGGCGGCAGACUGCAGCCCGCCGCGCACUUCGCCGCCAACCGACAGACCGUCAGCUGCAGCCACUACGACAAGGACCGCGACAUGUUGGUGACUGCGGGCGAGGCGGCCAUUAUCUCGGUGUGGAUCGGAAGUGAGGCUGCAGAAAAUGAAACUACUUUUGGGAAAAUAUCUCAGUCCAUGAACAAGCUUCAUAUGAAUAGGCACAAGCCCUACUGACGUUAUUACUGAUUACGACUGAAAUAAAGUAUUUGUAACAAUAAAA